UGUGACAAUCGCGCUAAACUCUCGAACUUCGUGGUCGUAGUCACACGUCGGGUCCAUGCAUUGGAAACUGGCGACGGUCAAAGUCCUAACGUCUACAGUCCGGGACCAUGAGUUGUUAGAGACUUUCGGUUGUCUCGGUUCAUGCAUCAGACCCCAGCAGGCGAGGUAGUGUGGGAUUUGAGAACUGGAAUAAGCCACGAACACGUUCUCGCGUCGCCGAAACCUGUAGGAACACGUUCCCUACACCUAAACAUAAUUUCGAAUACACGCGAGUGUUUCGGGCAACAUGACAAGGCAAUCGUUAAAGGAAUUUUGUUACCAGCUACCUAAAGUGGAGCUGCACACUCACCUGAACACAAGCUUCAGUGACAAAACUCUACAGGAACUGGUGGACAGGAAGGCAAAGCUUGAUGAUAAUUCAGAGUAUCGCAGCUGGAAAUUGACUUUUACGGAAAACGACAAUUGUCCUAUUGAUGAAUCUUUCACUCUCUUUACAUUUCUUCACAAAAUUUUCAAUGAUGAAUAUUCCAUUUAUAAGCUGACAUACGACAUAAUUCAUGAGUAUGCUGCGGAUAACGUCAAGUACUUGGAGCUGCGGUCCACGCCAAAAGACGUCCCGGAGACGGGGCUGACGUGGCCGGUGUACGUCGACACGAUGCUGCGUGCCGUCAGGGACUGCCGGGCCGAGGAGGUCGACAUCGUUGUGCGGAUCUUGAUCUCCAUCGACCGCAGGAAGGGCGUCGACGUGGCGAGGCAGACAGUGAGUCUGGCUGACAGAUAUCUACAUGAUUCAGACGGGAUUGUUGUCGGAAUUGACUUCAGUGGAGACCCUCAGGUUGGAGAUGCCACAGACUAUAUCCCAGUGUUCCAGAGUGCUCACGAAAAGGGCUUGAAGCUUGCUCUACACUUAGCCGAGAUCCCUAAUUUUGAAGAAACUUUAAAUGUUCUGAAACAGUGUCACUGCGAUCGAAUUGGUCACGGCACCUGUUUAAACCAACCCAGUCCAGGAGAUGGGCGUAAAGAACUGGAGGAAAUUGUUUUACAGAAGAAAAUACCUAUAGAAGCCUGUAUGACGUCCAAUGUGAAGACGAAGACAGUGAGGGAUUACGAGUCGCACCAUCUCGAUUUCUGGUACAAGAGAAACCAUCCUGUUGUUCUUUGUACUGAUGGGAAAGGGGUGUACCAAACGACUGUUUCCAACGAAUAUCUGCAGGCCGCAGAAGCAUUCAACCUAUCUCGUCAAAACCUUUGGGACCUUUCAUUUGAUAGCAUCAAUCAUACAUUUGCAUCCGACAGUGUUAAAAGUAUGCUGAGAGCAAAAUGGGGCGAGGUCAAAUCAAAGAUGGAUAUUAGUCCAUACGGGUGCAAUUCUUGAGAAUAGAACCAGAUGUUCAAAAGAAAUAGUUGAGCUACGGAGACAUGUCAGGCACAGAUCCAGAAUUUUUUAAUAGAGGGGGCUGAAAACCCGUUGUAGUUUUUGAAAAUAGAAUUUAAAGGUCCUUAACAGAUGGACGGAAUAACUUUGCAUUUUUUGUGUAUUCUGUAAUAUAUAUUGCUUCACCAAAAAUAGAGGGCAGGCCCCUUGGGCCCCAGCUUGCAUGUAAUUAGUGUAAAUAUCCAUGUAACAAUUGGACAAUUUUUGGAAAACGAUUCCUAUGAAUAUAAUAUUGGAAAAUACACCUCGUAGUUCGAGAA